AUGUCUCCUCCCUUCUUACAACAAACUGAGGCCAAAGCAUAUGCACAACAGAUUACCUCCAUGACUGGCCUCAGGAAUGCUAUUAUCGAUGUCUGUCAUGAUCUUAUGUCACAAUGGCUAGGUUUGGGCCAAGAUGCAUCAUACAAGAGUGCACAAGUCAUGCAGUUCUUCAUUGAUCAGCUUGGUGCUGAGGCCACUUUAAUUGAUCUUCGGAAGUUUGAUAUAUCAACCUCCUUGAGAAUGGAGGAUCUGCAGUCAAAACUCAAGAAUAUUGCCAGUGUUUCUGGUGCACCCAACCAAGCUAAUCUGACUGCAAUCCUGUACUGGAAAGCUGCCUCUAAUUCCAACCACAACUCGUUUCUGACUGCAGCAGAACCCACACCUUUCCUUGAUCUCUGGAAUCACUUCAGAAAUAGCAAAGUCCAAGGCUGGGACAAGGAACAUCACUGGAUCAAGGUCUUUCCAGAGAUUGGUCCUUUACAGGCAUAUCUGAUUGCAUCAGACUAUGCAAUUGCAGGGUUGGCAACCAUUCCAACACCCGCAGAAAUGGCCAAGGUCAUUCUAACAAUCAAUUCCAGUGGUAUCAAGGGCCUUUGUCUUCUGAAUUUGCCCUGGUCAAAUGAAAACGAGAUUGCAUCAUCACUCCAAUAUGUCUAUGAAUAUCUCUUGCAGGAAAUACCAACCAUGCAGCAAGAACAAAUGAAGUUUAACAUAUUUGUCAUUGAGCAUUCCUUGUCACUUUGCAAAAUGUCUCAAGCAUCCAGUAACUCUGCCAUUGCUCAAAAUAUCUCCAUGGAGGAACUGGAAAAGAGAGUGAAAAUUCUCGAGCUUCAAAACCAGACACUCACUGCCAAAAACAGGACCCUCCAGGCAGGCAAGACUGGUCCUCAGUUGAUCUCUGACUCGACCCCCUCUGAAUCAGUCAAAAGUGUAUCCUCUGUGGAUGAUGCAGAUACUGAGAAGAGUAUUCUCUCCAAAGCAGAUAAGAGAAAAUUGUGGCAUUGCGGUGGUGCUCUCAUUGUGUUUUGCCAUUUGUGGUGGGAGAAAUAG